AUGGCUCUGAUCACCGGAGUAUUCUUCAACUCCAUCCCCCAGCAUCAUGAUUCCCGGCCACCCGGAUUUCAAGAUAUCGACAGCAGGAGUAAGCCAUACGCGGAGUGUCGGAUCUGGGACGAGCAUACCUAUCAUGAAUUUGAAGCGCGCUCGGUGGAAACGACAAUGGCGACGAUGGUCCCAGAGUCCUAUGUGAAUCAUGUGCCAAAUCUAACAGGAGGUAUUGGACGAGCCCAUUUGAGUCACUUUUAUCUCAAUCACUUCAUCUUCAAUAACCCCGAUGACACAGUUUUGGAGCUUAUUAGUCGGACAGUUGGCACCGACCGUAUUGUGGACGAGUUUAUAUUCGUCUUCACCGAUGUGAAGCAGAUGGACUGGAUGAUCCCCGGAAUCCAUCCUACGGGAAAACACGUUCUCGUUCCAUUUACAUCUGUAGUCAACAUCCGAGGAGAUCGCUUGUUCCAUGAACACAUUGCAUGGGACCAAGCAACAGUACUUAUACAGCUGGGUCUGUUACCCGAAUAUCUGCCUUUUCCAUAUACACUGCCCGACGGACCUGUGCCAGUGCAGGGGAAACAAUUCGAGUACCGUGUGCCAGCAGUGGGCGCCGAGAGCGCGGCGAAACUCCAGAAUGAGCAUGAAGUGCCUUCUAACCAGAUGUUUGAGUAUAAGAUUCGUGAGGUGGAUGAUUGA